GAAAGGACGAAGUAUAUUAUAUCCUAUUCCAUCAUUUUAUAACCAUGUCCAGGAGAAAUAUUGGCAAGUUGAGCCCUUUGGCUACUGGCAGUUAAAAAAGCUACCUUGCUUCAUAUUGGCCACUCCAGCGGUUUUCAUCGUUUUAUACGGUUCUUUGUUCGAACUCACUCGUUUAAGAACAGUGCAUGGAUCAUUAUUUGGCGUUAUCCUUGGCAUACUCCAAAAUGCGAGCAGCACACUACCCUUUAUGAUACAUGCGUUAGUGCUGACAGUUCUGGCUUUGAUGCUGUACAACGUGGAAGUGCUCACCCGAAUUCUAUUUUCGUCAUCACCGUUUGUUUAUCUAGUCAUAGCACAAUACAUGGACCGUCGAACUCCUUUGGUAACAUUAGACGAUGUACAAUACCCCACUUUUCUUCCUUUUUUCACGAAUUUUUCGCGGUCACACUGGGUUCAUGCCUUGCUAUUAUGUUACUUAUUGGGCUAUUUCUAUAUUGGUACACUAUUGCAUGCUAAUUGGCUUCCGUUUACCUGA